AUGCAAUCCCUUCGAUCAGCUUCAACCCUCGCUCGAGGAGUGAGAACUUUCGCUUCUUCCACUCGUGCUUCAGCGGGAUACGAGGAUACCAUCAAGAACAUCCUCAUUAACAAAGAUACCAAAGUUCUCGUGCAAGGUUUUACCGGAAAGACUGGUACUUUCCACGCUCAACAAGCUAUUGAUUAUGGAACUCGAAUGAUUGGAGGUACCAAUCCUAAGAAAGCUGGAUCUACACAUUUAGGAUUACCAGUAUUCGGAACUGUUCGAGAUGCGGUGAAAGAAGCUCAACCUGACGCUUCUGUCAUUUACGUUCCGCCACCUUUUGCAGCGGAUGCCAUCAUUGAAGCCAUUGAAAAUGAGAUCAAAUUAAUCGUCACUAUCACAGAAGGUAUACCUCAACGUGACCAAAUUAGAAUCUACAACGCAUUGAAAUCUCAGAAUAAAUCAAGAAUGAUCGGUGGUAAUUGUCCUGGUAUCAUUUCAGAGGGAUGUAAAAUGGGUAUUAUGCCUGGUCAUAUUUUCAAGCAAGGUAAAAUCGGUGUUGUCUCAAGAUCCGGAACUCUUACCUACGAAGCAGUCAACCAAACCACCCUUGUCGGCUUAGGUCAAUCUUUGACAGUCGGAAUUGGAGGUGACCCAUUCCCCGGAACUCAACAUAUCGAUGUCGUGAAAGUAUUAUUGUCUGAUCCUAGAACUGAAGGUAUAGUUUUGAUUGGUGAGAUCGGUGGAUCAAUGGAAGAAGAAGCAGCGGAAUACCUUGAACAACAUAACAAAAAUUCAUCAAACCCUAAACCUGUCGUCGCUUUCAUUGCAGGUCGAACUGCUCCUCCAGGUAGAAGAAUGGGUCACGCAGGUGCUAUCAUCUCAGGCGGAAAAGGCGCAGCAUCAGAUAAAGUAGCCGCAUUGGAAAAAGCAGGUGCCAUAAUCGCCAAGUCUCCUGCUCAAAUCGGUGACUUGAUGUUGAAAGCCAUGAAGGAUGCUGGUAAAGCUUAG